AUGGUGACGAUGGCUUCCGACGGCACCAAACAACGAGGGGGCACACCUGCAGCUGAACAUAUCCGCGGUGAGGAAGGGGGGAUCAUGCUAGGCCCAGCAGGGCCGCCGGAGUCCCGGCACAGCGACGCGCAACUUGAUGAUCAGGUCGCCUCAGAUUUUGCCGUCGUGUCGCCUCGCGUGUAUUUGACUGGAUGGAGAUUACAUGUCCUCACAUUUGGAUUAUGCCUCUCCCUGUUCCUGUCCGCGUUGGAGACGACGAUAGUCAGCACGUCUCUCAUUUCGAUCACUAAUGCUUUAGGGGGGUUCGAGCAGAGAGAUUGGGUCGUUACCGCGUAUCUCAUCACCUAUACUGGCUUCCUCAUCAUCUACGCAAAAUUUAGCGAUGUCCUGGGCCGUAAGCUGUUGUUACUCGUCGCGAUAGCGUUCUUCACCGUGUUCUCGAUCGUCUGCGGCUCAGUUUCAGACAUGACACAGCUGAUUGUAUUCCGUUCCCUCCAGGGCGUGGGCGCCUCCGGUAUCUAUGCACUCGUGACGGUCAUCCAGCCCGAGAUGGUCCCCCCCGAGAAAUGGGGCAAUUUCGUCGCCGUCGUCUCCCUCGUCUUCAUCCUUAGUUCCGCCCUCGGCCCGAUACUAGGCGGCGCGAUCAACGACCGUUCGUCCUGGCGAUGGGUUUUCCUACUGAACGCUCCAGCCGGUGCGGUUGCGACCGCUCUGAUCGCCUUUGUCAUGCCUGCUCACUUUCCCGACCUGAGCAAUCCGACCGUCCGUAUAAGCUUCCGCUCCAAGAUAUCUCGGGCGUCGCUGAGUCGUCUCGACGUCAUCGGCGCAGCCCUGCUGCUCUUCUCGUCCGCUCUGAUCGUCUUCGCCUUCGAAGAGGCAGGCUCUCGGUAUCGUUGGGAUAGCCCUGCUAUCCUGAGCACCAUCAUAAUCGGCGGGGCCCUUUUCGUCGGCUUCAUCGUGUGGGAAAAGUUUGCAGGCUCGUCUAGGUCGCCCAGCGAACCCAUUUUCCCUCUUCGCCUGAUGAAGGGUCGGCUAUUUAGUAGUCUCAUCGUGGUUGCGUUCUGCACGGGGCCUCCAUUCAUGACUGUAUUGAUCAAUCUCCCGCAGCGCUUCCAGGCAGUUGAUGGCGAAAGUCCUUUGCAAGCUGGUAUUCGUCUCUUACCCUUGCUUCUUGCCUCACCCGUGGCCACGGCCGUAUCUGGACAACUUGCGGGCAGAUUCAAGGUACCGCCGUUUUACCUUCUUGUAUUCGGCUCGUCCAUGCAUUUGCUUGGGUUAGGUCUCGCAAGCUCUAUACCUUUUACCAGCGGCAGUGCCAUGUACGGCUACGAAGUUAUCAUGGGGUUUGGGUUCGGAAUGGGUCUAGUCUCACUUUUGGUAUUUACACCUCUAGUAGUGAACAGGAAUGAUAUGGCUGUCGCGAUGGGCUCUCUCACCCAGAUCAGAGUUCUGGGAGGGACUAUAGGACUGGCUAUCAGUUCAACGGUCCUGAAUAACCAUCUAUCUUCCAACUUACCGAAACUACUCAGUCCGGAGGACAUCCAGCAUAUCUCGGAUUCGGCACAAUUCAUAAACACACUCCCAGACGUUACCCGAGACGCGGUGCGACAGAUCUUCGCCGAUGGUUUCAAUGCACAACUGCGUGUCAUGAUGUAUUUUAGCGUCGUAGUUUGGGUAUUUAGCUUGACGCUUUGGGAGCGGAAGAUGAGGAACGCUGCUAAUAUUGAAGGCUACUGA